AUGGCGCCUUCUCGCGUUCGAGGACAAAUCAAGUCAGUGUCUGGAACUUUCCAACGUGCCGUCGGCUCGCUUGUUCGUGCACAUGGAUUUGCUGGACGUGGACGAGACCGUCACAACCGUGGCGUUGCUGAAGUACAGGCCGCCAAGGCAAAAGGAUACGCUUCUGGUACUAGUGACCGCGUGCGCGGCAGAGGCCACUCUAUUCUAGGUGGUAUUACUGGAAACCGCCGCCGUCAAGCUCGCGGAAAUGCCCUGAGCGACAAGGGCAAUCUGAAGCAAGCCUUUCACAGUGGGAACCGGGCAUAA